AUGAACGUGGUGCCUGAACAGACAGCACACGGCAACUGGAGUACCUACCCAAAAGUCUCUAUGUCUGGGUUCGGCACUUGCAGCAUCGUGGUAGUGUACAACAAACACGGCUUCCUGGCAUCUAACAUUUCCGCCGGGACUGACUUGGAGAAGGAUGCCAUGAACAAGCUCUGCACGACCUAUCCAAGCAUCAAGAGCACAGUGUUUGGAAACCAGCAGGUCAAAGUGUUGAUUCUGUGCGAGCAAAUGAAUAUAGCAAAAGGGGGCUUGAUGAGGAGUGCCGUGGAAAAAAUCCUGCCAACUGAGACCGUCGUGAGGUAUUAUGAUGCCGCAUCGUUCUUAGGAACAUCAUCUAUGACGCCGGGUUGUGAAUUCUCCAUUGGGCCAGGUGUUAAUGGGUUCAGUGCUGUCCUGAAGGGUGCCAAUGGAAAGUCGGCUAAGCCUUUGAGUGAGCCCACGGGCAUUUUGAAAUGUCCCUAG